GAAGUUAGUGUAGUUAAGUGAAGAAAAACUUUAAAAUCAGACUCCACUUUCCCAAAAAAAAAAAACACUCAACAAGGAGGAUAUGGACGCUGUAAUGACUGAGGAGGCUUGUUGCAGUCACAAACCGACAUCGGAUCAAUUAAAAAUCUUGCUAAAAGCUAUAAAUAAAGUACAUAAAGUGCAUAAAUUGCUAAUCGAAGCUAUUAUCCGAUUGGAGGUGUCGAGCAAAUCUAGUUCUAGCUCAAGUUUUACUGACACGGAUGGCGAAGAAGUUAUCAAUAUGACCGACGAAGUGGUUAAACCUUCAAAGGACCAACAUGUAAGCAAAGAUCAUCGUGCUCGAUGUAGUCGACGUGGACGUGAUCGUUCACCAACACAAUUUCACGAUAAUUUAAUGUCGCUUAAUGAAAAACUUGAAGUGUUGAAAAUCUCCGAUUCAACCCCUCACAAUUCACAUAGUCAGCACCAGCAGCACCACCGACACAUGAAAACACAUAGACAUAAAACACCAGAAAUAGUUGAAAGAGAAAAGAGAGUGGCAAUUUGAUUAGGCUGAAUGACUUGGUAUGCAGUUAAUAGCGGAGAACACAUAGACGGAUCCGACAUUAAGAGGGAGAAGUGUGGUGGUGUGUCUAUAUUAUAUACAUUUAUUUUAAUCAAU